AACCAAUUGUUGGCUGUCUAGCAUUGUAGAACCGUUACUACAUUUUAAUAACAAUAAAAUGAAUAAAAACAAACGCGCCUUGAGGAAUAGAACAUGCCAGUUUCCCCAGAGGCGUAAACAAUGUUAGAUGCAAGUCAUUAGUAGACGAGUCUGUUGCUGAGCUGUCAGAAAUAAAGUUGCCUUGAGAGAUGAUAAAACUGAUAAAAGUAUAAUUCUCAUUAUCUCUUCAAGUGAAUAUAUCUUUCUGAACAAUGCAGAUAUAUUAACGACCUAAUUAGUUGUAUGCUAUUUAAACUUGGAAAAUUCUUGUUUGGCUGGCUGUGUAUUUUUCUCAUUUAAAGUAAUAACUGAGCACUUCAUCAUGAUUUCAAAAACAACAAUUCGGCUUCUUUUUCACUUGCUCAUCACUGUGGUAUAUUUUUGUGCUUUGAUUGGAUAUCAGCUUUUGCCUCCAAUGCCUCAUAGAAGCCCACACUAUCAUUAUGCUGGGCGAUUCAAGUAUUUAACUUAUUGGAAUUUGAUUGCCCAUUUUGUUUUCUAUGCUGUGUCCUGCAUUCUAGAUUUAAUGAAAACUUCUGCUCCUGGUUUCUUUACAUUGGCAAAAAUUAAAGAUAAAUUGUUUGUUGGAAUUGUAUUACCUUAUGGUGUGUUUGUUUUUGGAAUGUUUUGGGGAUUAUAUGCUAUUGAUAGAGAACUGAUCUUUCCAAGAGUUUUAGAUGCUGUAUUUCCACCUUGGUUAAAUCACGUCUCACAUACUGUGAUAUUGCCUGCUCUUCUGAUAGAAACAUAUAUUGUGAGGCAUCGCCAUCCUCGUAGAGCAGAAGGAUUAACUUAUACUAUUGGUUUUGGACUUAUGUAUAUGAUAUGGGUUCUUUAUUUAGCUCUUGCAAUGGAUAUUUGGGUAUACCCAGUCCUUCAAGUUUUAAAUUGGACGCAAAAAUCCAUAUUCUUUGGAAUAUGUAUCUUGAUACAAUUAUCUAUGUACAUCAUUGGUGAAAAAAUAAAUUACUUGUUUUGGGGUACAAGUAUCGUGGCCAAAAACAAGUAGAUCUUAGGCUGCUAGAUUCUGCAUUUCAGUGAACAAUCUAUCCUGUGGGUACCAAUCAUCAGCUUUGUUGCCAAAGUAGUACAAAUUUUAUUGCAUUCCAUUGUUUCUUAAUUCAUAUUUUUUAACUUAGAAAUAUAUGAUUGUUGUAUUAGUUGAAAGAACAAUACAAAUGAAAUGUUUCAGUUGCCUUCACAAAUGUUCCAGCAAUAAUAUGUUAGUAAUAUAUUUCUUAAAUGUGUGCCUUCUCUUACGAGGGAAUUUUUUUACGAAAAUCAAAAUAAAGUUUUUAAAAAUAUA